CCGGCGAAGCCACCGGCGCUCUCAUCCUUCUCAGGUGACCGGCGAAACCACACUCACACACUCGCACCCUCUCUCCUCCUUCUCAGGCGAAACCACCACCGGAACUCCUUCAUCCCCCACGCACCAGCCGUCUGCCGGCAUCAAAAGGGCUCUUCUUCAUUUCCGUUUCUCUCUCCUCAAGGUCCUAGUGAUGUAACAUCUACAGGAACUAGUGACCAAAGUGGUCUUGAUCGUGAUAAAGAUGGAGCCUAUGUAUGCGAUCCACUAAACUCCGUGCAUAUGGUUACAAACGUGAUGGAAACUCUGGUUAAAAGGGUUUUAAUUGCAGAGUCUGAAACUGCUAUUGAGAAGGAGAAAGUCAACUUUGGUAAAGAAGAAAUUAAGAAGAAGGAAAAUCAACUUGAAAACAUGUCUUUGAAGCUUGAGGAAAUGGAAAGAUUUGCUUUUGGAACUAACUGUAUAUUAAGUGAGCUGCGACAGCGGGUUAAAGACUUUGUUGACGAGACAUCUAGGCAGAGACAGAGAGCUGCGGAAAACGAGCAUGAGCUUUCUCGUGUACGUGAUUUUGAGUCUCUGAAAUCAUAUGUCAGCAGUCUCAUCAGUGUAAGAGAAACACUCAUUUCGUCUGAGAAACAAUUCCAAACUAUUGAAAAGCUCUUUGAAAGAUGGAUUGUUCAUUUCUGAAUUGGCAGACCCAUAGUGACGCAAGAGAAUAACUAGACUUGUUACUAAACAUUUAUUAAGCACUCGAAGGUUGCAGUUCAACUGAGGCUUUCUCCCUGUCCAUUUUUUGCUGAGAGCCUCAACAGACUGUUACAAUGGUGUAUUGGUGACUGGAAUUAUAAAAUUAUAAUUGCUUCCACUAGAGCAUUGAUAGUCCUAGGAAACUACGUUGAGCAGCUUGGUAUUGUGCGUACCGUAGAGACCCAGAAAAAUACAACGUUUCCUGGUAUCUAUCAAUCACUUUCUCUUGGGUUUAGAUACUUGUGCUGCUGUCUCCUUUAUUCUCUGAUAAAUUGACGGGUUGUUUCCUUUGAGAGACUUGAGUUUUAGACCCUCAUCCCCUGUAACUAAAAGCUGAAAUGAGUCCAGUUUUGAGAUUGAAAAAUGCGCUUGACUAUGUAAGAGAUGCAGAUGCUGGAGCAAGUCUUUUUUGGAAAGAGUAUAACUGGUGCUCAGUGUAAGUUGGAGAAGAACCAGAGUGAUGGCCAAGGACUCAGUUACAAGCCAAGCCCAGAAUUUGUCUUGCAGACUCUUGCCUUUAUGGGUUUUGUUUGAGAUGAGAGGAGGGUGGACAGGCUUGUCGAAAUUGGUUGUUUAGUUUGUAUCCCUUGCGACUUUAAGUUGAUAUGCACAUAUAUUAGGAUUUUAUC